GUCUCAUUUUGUGUUCCAAAUAAAACAUUAUGCCCUCUUUAAUAUAUUGAGUUGGUCCUGUAUUAGAGACACUCUGCCAUAUAAAGCGAGAGGAAGCAUCAAAUUAACAUGGAGAUAUUGUUAGUUUUGUGCUUCUCAGCUUUGGAGCUAGUGGUGCUUCUGUGAAUUGGAAGUGAGUAGAACAGAGAGCCCGGGCAUGGGGAAUUUCUUUUACUGAAGGGGACAAAUGAAAGAUACAAGAAGAAGACAAGCACACCGAUGCCCACAGAAACAGACAGCUCUAGAAGAGGGAAGGCAUCGCAGCUCCAAAAAUCCUCGGCCAUGGAUUCUAGCUACAACCUACUCAUUUGCUGUUUUCUCCUCGCGCUUCUUCUUGUUUGUCCUGUUGCCUCGGCGGCGGCGGCGGCGGCGCCUGCGGUCAACCUCACACUGCAUCACUGGAUCACGGCCCAUUUGAAGAGGGUCAACAGACCCGCCCUGAAGACGAUCGAGAGCCCUGAUGGCGAUGUUAUUGACUGCGUUCCUUCUCAUCUCCAGCCCUCGUUCGAUCAUCCCAAGCUCAGAGGACAGAAGCCCUUGGAUCCUCCUGAGAGACCGAGAGGCCACAAAUGGAACAUCAGUGCAGUAAACGGCGUGAGCCUGCAAGCUUGGACGAUCUCCGGGGAGUCAUGUCCUCAAGGCACGGUGCCGAUAAGGAGGACGACGGCGGGAGACAUUCUGCGAGCCAGUUCCCUCCGGCGAUUCGGAAGGAAGCCGGCCGCUGCGCGGCUCCGCCGGGACUCGACCAGCAACGGCCACGAGCAUGCUGUUGGCUACGCCAUGGGAGAUCAGUAUUAUGGUGCAAAAGCUAGUCUCAGUGUCUGGGAACCGAGAGUGACGAUUGGAUCAGAGUUCAGUUUGUCGCAGAUCUGGGUCAUCUCUGGAGCCUUUGGCGAUGAUCUUAACACCAUUGAAGCUGGAUGGCAGGUAAGUCCUCAGCUAUAUGGAGACAGCAGGCCCAGAUUUUUCACAUACUGGACUACGGAUGCAUAUGAAGAGACUGGCUGCUACAAUCUCUUGUGCUCAGGCUUCGUACAGACAGACAGUAGGAUAGCCAUUGGAGCAGCUAUUUCACCAAUCUCAGCCUCGAAUGGCGGCCAAUUCGACAUCGAUCUUCUGGUGUGGAAGGACCCGAAGCAUGGGCACUGGUGGCUAGAAUUGGGGUCGGGAUUGCUGGUGGGGUACUGGCCGGCGUUCCUGUUCAGUCACCUGGCGGAGCACGCGAACAUGGUGCAGUUCGGAGGAGAGAUUGUGAACGCGCAGUCGUCGGGUUUCCACACGUCGACGCAGAUGGGCAGCGGGCAGUUCGCGGAAGAAGGCUUCCGCAGAGCUGCUUACUUCCGCAACCUGCAACUGGUGGACUGGGACAACAGCUUGAUCCCCCUGGCCAACCUCAGGCUCUUAGCUGACCACCCCAAUUGCUACAGCAUACGAGGAGGGAUGAACAGAGUGUGGGGGAAUUAUUUCUACUACGGAGGGCCGGGGAGGAACGUGAGGUGCCCUUAGAAAUUAAUGGAUAUAUAAAUAUAUAUUGACAUGUAUUUUUGUUUUUGUUUUUAUUUUUGUUCUUGUUCUUGUUGUUUUGUUCUUGUUGUUGAAAACAAAAGAAGAAGAAGAAAAUUAUUGGGUAUUUUUAGAGAGAAAAUCUUCUCUUCUUUUUUUGUUUUCUUGUUGUGCUCAUAGAAGCGUGUUCUUGGAUGGCUCCGUGUUCUGUAAAUGCAAAGGAAAUUAAACCUUGGAGAUUA